CCAAUCACGAUGUGGCGCGCCGUGGUCGCCAUGGCAGCGGGGAGCGGUUGGGUUUGAAGCAGCCAAUGGGAGGAGCGGUAGCGCGGGGUUUAAAUGCCUUCGGGGAGCAGGGUUGCGCGAGCGUCAGUCCUAGAGCGGAGCGCUCGCCAUGGCGCAGUUCGUGUUCGAGACGGAUCUGCACGGGCUGCUGAAGCUGGACACGCCGAUCCCCAACGCUCCGCCCGCGCGGUGGCAGCGCAAGGCCAAGGAGAGUGGUGACCCUGGGCCCGGCCCCGCCGCCAUCGUGUCGCCCAUGAAGCCGCUCAAUCGUUCCCACAGCUCCAGCAAGACGCCGUCCAGAACACCCGGUAAAUCUGGAUCCAAAAUCCAGAGCACACCAACAAAGGCCGGGGGUGAUCGCUACAUUCCCAACCGCAGCACUAUGCAGAUGGACAUGGCAAAUUUCCUCCUAACCAAAGAGAAUGACCCUGCUGAAGAGUCCCCUACCAAGAAGGAACAACAGAAAGCCUGGGCAGUGAAUCUGAAUGGCUUUGAUAUAGAAGAGGCAAAGAUCCUCCGCCUCAGUGGAAAACCACAGAAUGCUCCAGAAGGCUAUCAGAAUAACCUGAAAGUGCUCUACAGUCAGAAAAUAACACCUGGAUCCAGCAGGAAGAAUGGCAGAUACAUUUCUUCAAUGCCAGACCGGAUCCUGGAUGCACCAGAGAUUCGCAAUGACUAUUAUCUGAAUCUCAUUGACUGGAGCUCUCAGAACUUCCUGGCGGUGGCUCUGGACAGCUCUGUCUAUCUGUGGAAUCACACCACUGGUGAGAUUAUCCAGCUGCUGCAGAUGGAGCAUCCAGAUGAUUACAUUUCUUCUGUGUCAUGGAUUAAAGAAGGAAACUACCUUGCUGUUGGCACAAGUAAUGCUGAGGUCCAGCUAUGGGAUAUACAGCAGCAGAAACGCCUCCGAAACAUGACCAGCCAUUCUUCACGUGUGGGCUCCCUCAGCUGGAACAGCUACAUCCUGUCCAGUGGGGCACGAACUGGCCACAUCCACCAUCAUGAUGUCAGAGUGGCUGAGCAUCAUGUGGCCACACUUGCUGGCCACACGCAGGAGGUUUGUGGACUCAAGUGGUCUCUAGACGGGCGCUACCUGGCUAGUGGUGGCAAUGACAACCUGGUGAACAUCUGGCCAUGCACCCAGGGGGACAGUGGGGACUUUGCUCCUGUACAGACCUUCACGCAGCACCAGGGUGCUGUCAAGGCUGUGGCGUGGUGUCCGUGGCAGUCAAAUGUUCUGGCCACUGGAGGUGGGACUAGUGACAGACAUAUCCGCAUCUGGAAUGUGUGCUCUGGCACCUGCCUCAGUGCUGUUGAUGCCCACUCCCAGGUUUGUUCUAUCCUGUGGUCAACAAACUACAAGGAGUUCAUUUCAGGCCAUGGCUUUGCACAGAAUCAGCUGGUUAUAUGGAAGUAUCCAACAAUGGCCAAGGUCACUGAGCUGCGAGGUCACACUGCCAGAGUCCUGAACCUGACUAUGAGCCCUGAUGGUGCAACAGUGGCCUCAGCAGCUGCUGAUGAAACGCUGCGGCUCUGGCGCUGUUUUGAGAUGGACCCCAUAAAGAAGAAAGAGAAGGAAAAGGCAAACAGUGCCAAAAGCAGCAUCAUUCACCAGGGCAUACGCUGAGUGCACAGGACUGUUGUGGGGAGAGGGGCUUAUCUUGUUGUACAGUAUUUUAAAAGUUAAUAAACUGCUCUAGUUUGCCUUU